GAGUCAGUCCUGUCGGCGCGGGGAAGCCUCCGGGAAGGACCGCUUUGCAAUGAGGAAGGAGAACAGGUUGAUUUGGUGGAUCCGGUGGAUUGUGAUUGUGACAGCUUUGCUGCUGCUGGGCUUCACCUUAGGCUGGUUUGCAAAGCCCACACCUCCAGGGGCUGCAAACGAAAGUCCUUCCAGCAAAUACCUGAAGGAUUUUCUGGAGGGAAUGCAGCCGGAGCAGAUCAGACAACACCUUAGGAAAUUUACACGUCUCCCCCACCUGGCUGGUACAGAGCAGAAUCUGAGAUAUGCAGAGCAGAUCAGGAAAGAGUGGCUGGAGUUUGGACUGGACGCGGUGGAGAUGGUGCCCUAUGACGUGCUGUUGUCCUAUCCCAACAAAUCACAGCCCAACUACAUCUCCAUAGUGGAUGAGUUUGGCAGUGAGGUUUUCAACACAUCUUUGGUGGAGCCAGUUCCAGAGGGUUAUGAAGAUGUUGCUGACAUUGUACCUCCAUACAGUGCCUUCUCUGCGAAAGGACAACCUGAGGGGGAUUUGGUGUAUGUGAACUAUGGUCGAACAGAAGACUUUUUCCAGUUAGAGGAGAUGAACAUCACUGUAACUGGGAGGAUUGUCAUUGUCAGAUAUGGACAAAUAUUCAGAGGCAAUAAGGUGAAAAACGCCAUGUCAGCGGGAGCGAAGGGGAUCAUCAUGUUCUCAGACCCAGCAGAUUACAGUGCUGCUGGAGUCCAGCCGUACCCUGAUGGCUGGAACCUACCCGGCGGAGGGGCUCAGAGGGGAAACGUUCUCAGGCUGGACGGAGCAGGAGACCCGCUCACACCCGGGUAUCCCGCCAAGGAAUAUACCCACAGAUUGAGCCUGGAGAACGCAGUGGGUCUCCCCAACAUUCCUGUACAUCCGAUUGGCUACCAUGAUGCCGUUCACCUGCUGAAGAACAUGGGAGGACAGAUUCCGCCCAACAACUGGAAAGGAGCUCUGGAUGUCUCCUAUAGGAUUGGUCCAGGCUUUAAGGAGGACUUCAAGAGCCAGAAGGUGCGCAUGAACAUCCACACCUACAGCCAGGUCACUCGCAUCUACAACGUCAUUGGCCGGAUUAGAGGAGCUCUGGAGCCAGACAGGUACGUGAUCCUCGGAGGGCACCGGGACGCCUGGGUGUUUGGAGGCAUCGACCCCAUGUCGGGCGCCGCUGUGGUCCACGAAGCCGUCAGGGGCUUUGGCCUGCUGCGGAGUAAAGGCUGGAGGCCUCGGAGGACUUUAAUAUUUGCCAGCUGGGAUGCAGAAGAGUUUGGACUGCAGGGAUCUACUGAAUGGGCAGAGGAUAACGCCAAGGUGUUACAGGAGAGAGCUGUGGCCUACGUCAAUGCCGACUCUGCCAUUGAGGGCAUGUACACGCUGAGGGUGGACUGCACUCCAUCUCUACACACGUUGGUGUACAACCUCACUAAGCAGAUAGCGAGUCCAGAAGAAGGAGAGGAGGGAAUUUCGUUGUACGACAGUUGGCAUAAGAGGGACAACUGGACAGCUGACCGCGAUGCACCCAGGAUCAGUAAACUUGGGUCAGGCAGUGAUUUCGAGGCCUAUUUCAUCCGUCUGGGAAUCGCUGCAGCCAGAGCCAGAUACACCAAGGACAGGAAAACCGAGUUGUACAGCAGUUAUCCGGUCUAUCACAGCGUGUACGAAACCUUCGAGGUAGUGGACAAGUUUUACGACCCCACCUUCAGGAGGCUUCGAGCGGUGGCCCAGGUGAGAGGGGGCCUCGUCUUUCAACUGGCCGAUUCCCAGCUGCUGCCUCUUGACGUCGAGCAGUACGCCGACUCGCUGGGGACGUACGCGCAGAGCAUCGCACGCGAGGCCAAGAAGCACCCGGAGGAGAUGGAGAGGUACAAGGUGUCGUUUGAUUCGUUGUUUUCUGCUGUGAAAAACUUCAGUGUUGCAGCCGGGGGCUUUCAUGAGCGCCUGCAGACCCUCGACAGAGCAGAUCCUCUGCAGGUACGUGUCAUGAACGAUCAGCUCAUGUAUCUGGAGAGAGCCUUCAUCGACCCGCUGGGCUUACCUGGGAGACCCUUCUACAGGCAUGUGAUUUUUGCUCCCAGCAGGCAUAACAAAUACGUAGGGCAGUCUUUCCCUGGAAUCAACGAUGAACUGUUUAACAUAAAGAACUCAGCUGAUCCCAGGAAGGCCUGGGAGGAAGUCAAGCGUCAAAUCAGCAUCGCAGCGUUCACCGUUCAUGCUGCUGCCAUGACGCUGACCCCACCCGCAUGAGGCGGGCAGACAGUAAGAAGCCAUGUGACCCGGCCGUCUGUGGAUCAUCGUGUCAGUGAGAAGAGAAGGAAAACAGUACCAGCAAGACACACACAGAUUGACAAUCCCUGUUUUCUGUUGACAUCAAACACUUUACUGCCUCAGUCGCUCUAGUUUAAUGUGACCUCUCAGCAGCGAAGACUUGAUGCAUAACGUGUGUGUGUGUGUGUGUGUGUGUGUGAUCAUUUCAGAGACUAAGCUGCAGACCUUCAAACUUGGAUAAAUUCAGUGUGCCCAACUAUGUAAUUCAUAUAUUAUAUAAAAUAAGGAUGAGACGCAGACCUUUGAUCAGCAUCAGUCUGUUUGUACAUUUCAGCUCUACUCACAAAUAUUAUAAUAGAUUGCCUGUUUAAUGAGUGUUGAGUAAAGUUUCUGACAUUGUAAGUUCUUCCUAACGUUUUAAGAACAAAUCAUGUUGCCAAAUCACAGUGGUAUCAUUUUUUAUGUGAAUAAAGUGUCUGUUUUUUUAUCAUAA